UGCUAGUUCGAAGGGGGUUUCGUCACAUCCGGUGUCCUUCUCCCUUCAGAGCAGCGGCGUGGUGAGGAGCGCGAGCCAAAGGGAGCAAGCAAGCAAGCCAAAGGCGAUCUGGUAAAGGCUGCCAUGGCUCAGAGCCUGAAGGAUUUUGCAGGCCGCCUGCCCGCUGGCCCCCGUGGCAUGGGCACUGCCUUAAAGCUGCUUUUGGGAGCUGGAGCUGCUGCCUACGGUAUCCGUGAAUCUGUCUUUACAGUGGAUGGUGGCCAUAGAGCAAUAUUCUUCAAUCGCAUUGGUGGAGUUCAACAGGACACCAUUCUUGCAGAAGGACUACAUUUCAGAAUUCCUUGGUUCCAGUAUCCAAUCAUUUAUGAUAUUCGAGCUCGGCCUCGCAAGAUAUCUUCACCAACAGGUUCCAAAGACCUGCAGAUGGUGAACAUUUCCUUGCGGGUUCUGUCACGCCCCAAUGCUUCAGAAUUGCCCAGUUUAUACCAGCGCCUCGGUAUGGACUAUGAAGAACGAGUCUUGCCUUCCAUUGUCAAUGAAGUGCUCAAAAGUGUGGUGGCGAAGUUUAAUGCCUCCCAGCUCAUUACUCAACGAGCUCAGGUAUCUCUGCUUAUUCGUCGGGAGUUGACAGAGCGGGCAAAGGAUUUUAGCCUUAUUCUCGAUGAUGUAGCCAUCACAGAGCUGAGCUUCAGCAGGGAAUACACAGCAGCAGUUGAGGCCAAGCAAGUGGCUCAGCAAGAAGCGCAACGAGCUCAAUUCCUGGUGGAGAAAGCUAAACAGGAACAAAGGCAAAAGAUUGUUCAGGCUGAAGGGGAAGCCACUGCUGCCAAGAUGAUAGGUGAAUCUCUCGGCAAGAACCCAGGCUAUAUCAAACUGCGCAAGAUCCGUGCUGCCCAGAACAUAUCCAAGACGAUUGCAUCGUCACAAAACCGUGUUUAUCUUACUGCUGACAACUUAGUGCUGAAUCUACAGGAUGAAGAUUUUACUAGGUGAGGAGACUUGUGGAGAUACAAAUUACAAAACAGCUUUAGGGGGUGUUCUUCUAGAGUGGCCCUUGGCAUGCUACAUCUGCUGAAUAUGAUUUAGGCCAAUAAUGACAGCUGUGUAGCUUGUAGGUUGUGUGGAGCCCUCACCAGGCUCCCUCUAUAAAAUCCAACCUAGAAACUUCUAAACAGAUACUGAUAGAUCAUUUAAAGCAGGCAUGGGCAA